GUUUAAUUGAUUAGGGCUUCAAAGCCUACUAUCCAUCAAACGCCUGUUCGCCUUUAGCUUGGAUUCCAUUGUCGCCGGCGACGUCUCUCCGUCUCGCUUUCUGAUCUUCAACAGUUAACGGGAGUGCUUAGUUGAAUCAUUGUUUGGAAAAUAUGCGACUUCAGAGCCUUCAUUACAGUUCAACCUGGUUGCAACUCAAUUCCUCCGAUAGAGUACUCAAGUCUUCAAUUUACACAUCACCCAGGAAGCAGAAAUUUGUGGCAGCAUCUUCAUCUAGCUCAAAACCUCAACAACUAUCAAUCAAGUGCAAUGUGAAGUUUCGCCCUUGCAUUGAUAUACACAAGGGGAAAGUAAAGCAAAUUGUGGGAUCUACCCUUUCAGACUUAAAGGAAAGUGAUUCAAGUCUAGUAACAAAUUUUGAAUCAGAUAAAUCAGCUGCAGAAUAUGCCACCCUUUACAAAGAAGAUGGAUUACAAGGAGGUCAUGUAAUCAUGCUUGGAGCUGACCCUUUGAGCAAUAAAUCAGCCAUUGAAGCACUACACGCUUACCCUGGUGGUUUGCAAGUAGGAGGUGGUAUUAAUUCAGGAAACGCCUUGAGUUACAUAGAGGAAGGAGCCAGCCACAUCAUCAUCACAUCUUAUGUAUUCAACAAUGGAGAAAUGGAUCUUGAGAGGCUUAAAGGACUUGUUGACAUUGUUGGAAAAGAAAGGCUUGUCUUGGACCUUAGUUGCAGGAAGAAGGAUGGUAGAUAUGCGAUUGUGACAGAUAGAUGGCAGAAAUUUAGCGAUGUGUUUCUUGAUGAAAUGACAUUGAAUUUUCUUUCGGCUUAUGCUGAUGAGUUUCUUGUACAUGGUGUUGAUGUUGAAGGGAAAAAAUUGGGAAUCGAUGAAGAGCUUGUAACACUGCUUGGGAAGUAUUCACCAAUUCCAGUUACGUAUGCUGGUGGGGUGACAGUGAUGGAGGAUUUGGAGAGGAUAAAAGUAGCAGGAAUGGGACGUGUGGAUGUUACAGUGGGGAGUGCUUUGGAUAUUUUUGGUGGUGAUUUGGGUUAUAAGGAUGUUGUAGCUUGGCAUUCCCAGCAAGAGGCACUUACAGUGUAGUUUGUUUUGUGUAUUUUUUUUUUUUUUUUUUAAUCGAAGAAUAGAGAAUGCUGAUUUGAAUGUGACUCUCUCUGUUGUAGUUGUUACUCGAUAUAUUAAUAAUUUGCAUGACAUUUGAAACGUUAUUUGUCA